AUGGCGCUUCAAUCUCUUUCUCUAUUGCUGCUGUAUGUUGUUUUCUUCUUUUUUGUUUAUGCUUCUGCUUCUUCAACUCAGCAACCCAAACUAGAACAACUAGAAGCACUUCUGAGAUGGAAAACAAGUCUCCAAGACCAAACACAACCCCACCUCCUACCUUCCUGGAAUCUUUCUUCUUGCAACUCAACCUCAACUCUCUCCUCCUGCACUUGGAUCGGUGUUUCCUGGGACGAUUCUGGAAGUGUUUUCAGGAUUAAUCUCACAAGUUUUUCCCUGAAAGGCACCCUUGAUGCUUUCGAAUUCUCAGCUUUCCCAAAUUUGUCUUAUCUUGAUCUCCAUGACAACCAACUUCAUGGAAACAUUCCUCCUGGAAUCAAUCAACUAACCAACUUAACAUUUCUCAACCUGGGUUCCAUUCCUUCUUCCCUUGGAAACUUGACCAAUCUUUCAACACUUAACUUUGGCAACAAUCAUCUGUCCGGCUCCAUCCCACCGGAACUUGGCAAACUCCGAUCUGUUGCCGAAUUUCGUGUUAACUUAAACAACCUGACAGGCUCAAUCCCUGCAUCUUUGGGAGACUUAGUAGGCCUAAAAGUUCUGUCACUUUAUGGAAACCAGUUGUCAGGAUCAUUGCCUCGGGAGAUUAACAAUCUCACUAAUUUGACAUUGUUUUUCUUAUCAAAUAACAGCAUCUCAGGAUUGUUGCCGGAAAAUAUUUGUGAAGGGGGAGUACUUGAAGAUUUUUGUGCAAGUAACAACCGAUUCACUGGCACUGCUUGA